UAAGACCAUUUCUCGCGGGGAAGGUGCUUCCCAAUCGUGCGGAAAAAGUACCGCACUUCGAUUUUUCCCUCGGACACAGCCAGUGGAAAGCAGUACGAUGAUAUACGAUAUCAAAUGGAUCAUACCGAAGCUUCGAAAUCCGAGCAAACUAUGGAACAUCGCAAGCAGUAUAACCUUCGCAGCAGUAGGGAUUUUCUCUAAAAUCUUCAUAGAAUGGCUGAACAAAACGACGGUGUACAACAAGCAUGUCAUUGAACAAGCGUUAGACUGUCGACCAAGAAAUAGGCCUCUCAUCACGGUAUCGAACCAUUAUAGUUGCUUCGAUGAUCCUGGAAUAUGGGCGACACUGGACCUGAGGUAUCUGCUGAAACCACGUAAGAUGCGAUGGUCGCUCGCCGCGCACGACAUUUGUUUCACGAAAACUUGGCAUUCCUACUUGUUUAUGCUGGGCAAAUGCAUUCCUGUGAUCAGAGGUGCUGGAGUGUACCAAGAAGCGAUGAAUUUCUGCAUCGAAAAGCUGGCUGUCGGGGAAUGGAUUCACGUUUUCCCUGAGGGAAAAGUGAAUAUGUUUAAAGAGAACAUGAGAUUGAAGUGGGGUGUUGGCAGGUUGAUAUUCGAAUCACCCGUUCCUCCACUAGUGAUUCCUAUUUAUCACCUUGGUAUGGACCAAGUUCUUCCUAACGAAGUGCCGUAUAGAUUAAGAAUUAAGAAUAAGGUCACCAUAAAUUAUGGUGACCCCAUAGAUUUUACUGAAUUACUAAAAGAAUUGCGUACGUCGAAAACGAACGAAGUCGAAGCGAGGAAAGCGAUCACUGAUCGUAUCCAAACAGAGCUUCUCAAACUGAAGACAGUGACAGAAGAACUUCAUGAAACCACGUGAUAUCAAAUUAGGGGCAAGCCGUAUCGUCAUCCUUAGUUAGCUUUAAUUUGCCAAAAAAUAAAAUAUUAAUUUUUAUUUGACAAUAGGCGAUUCUGAUACACAGCUUUUGAUUGGAGACAAUCAUCUAUGAACGACGCAUUAGUAACAUACCAUGUAUCGGACAAUAAUGAUUCAGGAUUUCUGAAGAAAACGCUGUGCUCGUGUGGCACUUUUCCUUAAAGUUUAAUUUAGAUACGAGUCUUGCUGACUUCAUUCAGAAUGCCAUGUACGUUUCGCGAUUACCUCAUCGCAUACGUAGCAAUGUAUAUACGACAUAGAAAAAACUUGAACACACAAUCACAAGAGCUCGUGAAAUAGUAUUAAACCGUGCUACCGUACAGUUUGUUUCUAUACAUCCGAGACUUGAUCAUUUUAUAGUAUUUAUACUUUGUGAUUGCACAAUUAAUGUUACAAUUUUACACAUCCGUCGAAUUUAUUACGCGUAUACUAAGAAAUGUUUUAUACUGCUGCGCAUCAUUUGAAUACAAUUAUAUUAAAAGGAAAAGAAAUUGAAUCGAACGAAUGAUAUUAAAUCCCAACUUUAUCAAGCUUCGAAAACGUCUAACUAUUCAGCUAAAAUAGACAAAAUCAAACUGCAUUAUUUAUAAUUACCAUUGCACGUUUAGACAGCUGUAUUUGUAUACGUAUAUUUUUGAUAUAAGGGUUUACAGUAUAAUAUUAAAGAUACUUACAAUCGAUGAUAAAAAUACUGCAAAGAUAUGCAUAUCUUGUAUUUAUUAAAUUUUCAUUGUAAGUAGUAAAAUAUUUCCUACAUGAAAACUAUUUUCUUGCAUUUUAUAUUCAGUAUUGGGUUAUUAUUCAAAGUAUAAUGUGAUAUUUUUUUUUUUACACAAUUGUUUUGUUGUAAUAAAUUAUUUUGCACAUCGUAGUAUUUCGUUCGAGAAAACAUGCAGAUUGUUUCAAUUGUCACACAUUAGCGAGAGUAACGUCUCUCGUAAAUAACUAGUCUAAUUUACUAAUGUAUUUAUUAUUACAUCUGAAGAUUUUCGAAUUAUGUAAGUGACAUUUUGUCAUCAAUAAAGAUAGAUCUUUUUUAUUUUGA